UUUCAUCAUAUACAGUAAGAAGUAACUAGUCUUAGAGUGCUUAAUGAGAAAAAAAUGAAAGACAUCUUUGAUAAUCGUUACUUUUAUAUUAAUAAAUUUCUUAUGUCUUUCAUCGGCCAAUGGCCAUUUCACAGUGCAAGACGAAAUUUUGUCAUUCAGUGUUUUAUAGUUUUUAGUAUUUCAUCUUUUUUUAUUGUUCUCAUAGGUGGCGUUAUUCAAGUACGGCACAAUACCAGUAAAAUGAUGGAGGGCUUUCCAUUAAUUUUUACAGCAUUUAAUUCUUUUGUUUAUUUUAUAGUUUGUUCAUUUAAACGAAAUAUGUUGUUUCGACUUUUUAAUGAUAUCAAAUGUAAUUUGGAAUUUUGGUCAUCUGAAAAGGAGCAAUUAAUUAUUUUACAUCACGUCAAUAAUGGAAGAAUAUUAACUAUUUAUUGCACGGGAAUCCUUAUUAUCACAACAAUUCUUUUUAUCAGCACAUCAUUAACUCCACAAAUACUUAACAUUGUUUUACCACUUAAUGAAUCAAGACCAAAGAAAUUUCCAUUUCAAGUUUAUUAUAACGUUGAUUGUCCCGAGGAUUAUUUUUAUUUUAUUACUGUUCACUUAAUAUCUAUUGGCAUUAUAAUAGUAUUUAUUAUUAUUGGCGCUGAAUCGGUAUUUUCUGUUCUCACCGAGCAUGCAUGUGCAUUAUUUAAAAUUGUCAGUUUACAAUUACAAAAAAUUGAUCCCACUGAAAGUGAAACUGAAAAUUUGAAAGUAUUGGUUUUAUGUAUAGAACAUCAUAAGCGGGCAAUUGAAUUUUGCAAUGGCAUUGAAUCUCUUUACAGUCCCUAUUUUUUGCUCAUGUUGGUUGCAUAUUCUGCUUUUAUUGCUGUUUGUUUAAUUGAGAUUGUUUUAAAUCUUAAUAAUAUUGAAACUUUUUUGAGAUCUGUGGCCACUCUUUCAACGGGAUUGAUUUAUAUUUUUUUAAAUAGUUUCAUGGUUCAAAGAUUUAUGGAUUACAGCACUGCUCUUUCAGAUACUAUAUACCAGGGUAAUUGGUAUGAAAUGUCACUGAAAAUAAGAAAAAUUCUAUUACUCAUUAUGAUGAGGAGUAGAAUCCCUUGUAAAGUAACUUGCGGCAAAAUGAGAGAUUUAACUUUGAUAAAUGUUUCUUCGUUACUUCAAACUUCUUUUUCAUCAUUCACUCUACUAAUGUCAGUGACAUCAUGAAGAAUUGAUUUUUUCUUUUUAAUUAUAAAAUUGGCAGAUUAAUAUUUCUAUGUUCUGUUCUCUAAUAUUUCAUUAAAUUAUAAAAAGAAACUAUUUUUGAAAAAUAAUAAUAAA